CCUUGGCUUGCCGGACCCUCAUCCCAGCAGCAUCCCCCGGCGUCGAGGGUCGACGUGCCAUGAUCUUCUCAUGAUCAGGCAUGCUAAGAGUUCGGGGAAUUGGGGGGUUGGGGAACCAUGGGGUAAGAGGAGUAAUGGCAAUGCAUAUCUGUUACGUGAAACGUCUUCUGAUGAUCCUCCUCCUCCUCCUCCAGGCAGUCAACCGGUUACCUCCCCGGCCCGGCUCCGGUCACUGCCGGUGGAUCGGCAUCUACAUGUAUCUCUACCAUCGAUCUCUCUACCUACCUACCUACCUACCUACCUACCUACCAAGUGCUCGUGCUCGGAAAAGUGUCCUUUUCCCGUCCUUCCCCGUUCAUCGGUCCCCUCCGGCCUCGUGUCGUGAUCCCGAUCCGCCUGCCGGGAUCCACUCUUCGACCUCCUGCAGCCUGGCUGUCCUCGGUUCGAAGUUGUCUGCGUGUAGAUGUCGCUGACCAACCAGGCAGGACCGGCUGUGCCAACUGCUAAUGGAUUAUCCGAGUAGGACCUGUGCAGCUGCGGUCGGUGGGUGCACAUCUGACCGGGUCCUUGUCCGCACAGCCACCACUGCGUGGGGAAAUUAUAUACCAUAUACCUGGGGUCCAACUGGUAUCACGCUGGUUUCAUUCCAGGGUCAUCCCAGAGGCCCGGAUGCCGCGGGAAAGUCCAUCGUACACACACAAAAAAAAAAAAAAAAAGAAAGAAA